AAGAACUCCAUCAUUCCUCUCCUCUCUCUCUCUCUCUCUCUCUCUCUCUCCAAAAAUGGCCGGAAAACAUUCCUCCUCCAUAAAACUCCGCAGCAGAUCUCGACUCCUCCUUUUCCUCCUCUCUCUCCUCUUCUACACCAUCUCCUUCCGAUUCCCUCCAGCUCCGCCCCUUCCCAAACUCUAACCCCAGCGCCUACUACUCCUUCGUUGCCUCCCUCGAGAAAUUCCCCGCCCAAAAACCUCGCGCUCUAUUGGAUGACGUCGUGGCUUCAGCGAGCGAAUAAGGCGUGAAAAAGCUGGACGAUAUGAUUUGGAAAACAGAGACCGAAAGGCUCUACGGCGAUCCGUUUUUUCCUCCCUUAGGGUUUACGUUUACGAGAUGCCAAAGAAGUUCACGUACGAUCUGCUGACGUUGUUUCGGAAUACGUACAGAGCGACGUCGAAUCUCACUUCGAAUGGUAGCCCUGUGCACCGUCUGAUCGAACAGGCAUGAUUCUUGACAUCUUCUGAGUCUAUUUCUUAACAUUGUUUCCUUAUUGUUAACUGUUGGAUUGGGGCAGUGGUAAAAUUCCCAUGCAUUCGCCGAUAAAAAAAAUUCAUGUAGAUUCAUUGAUUGUUUGAAUUUAAAGUCAGUGCGUUUCAUGAAUUUAGCUUCAUUCGUGACUUUAAUGCCUUUGAGUAGUUAGUUAGGAUAAACUUUAGGGUGUUUGAGCUAGGUUAGUUAAAAUUUAAUCUGUUAGUCGAGGCCAAAUAUUCGAGCUCAAUUGGUAUUUAAGAGCUUGAGCUCUGUUUGAGUACUAAGCCUCUAUAAAUAAGGCGAGUGGAUACAUAUGAGUCGAGCUACAGUUAACUAGAGUUCGGCUCAUUUACUAAAUGAGCCCUUAACGAGCCUCGAGCUACUCUCGAAUGGUUUGUGUGUUUUUUAUUUAUUUUCUCAGGCUGUCAAGAAAUUUCCUUGAGCUAUGGGAUUUGAGAAAAAUCCUGGACAUUUAGAGAUCACUAUAGUGUCGUUCCAGAAUUUUGAUUUUGAAAUGUUAAGUUCAUUGAUAUUGUUAUGGAGUGUGGAGCCUGAUAGUAUGGUAUAGCAAUGCAUGUCUCUCGAAUCCAUUAACAAAGGGAACAGAGGUAUAUUCUACACCUAGCUAUAUACAAUUUGGGAGAGGAAUGCAUUCCGUAGUUCUUCUUUAUCAUAGGAAAACUGCUGCAGCUAUGGUGGCCGAAGCCUUCAUGGAUGAACCCACAUAAAUCCAGUGUUCCUUUAAAAUUGUGCUUCUGUUUUCUUUUUCUUCUGUAUUCUUAUCUUCAACAUGAAGUUGUGGUAGGUACCAGUUUGUUGAGCCAAUUCUUAGGGAUUACUACCAAUUCGAUGGAACUCCGUUUUACAAGGCGAAGAUGAACAGACAGUAUAAGUAACCGAAGACGUGCAUUACAGGCAUUACCACCGUGACGUAAAGGUUGAUACGGUUACAUAAGAGCAACCCAACUUAGCUAUCCCAUUUCUUAUUUCCUACAGUAUAACAUAUGUAUCGGAUCACAUUUGCUUGAACAACAAUGGAUGCCGGUGGGAGAACGUCUGCCCCGAAAACCCAAAACGGGUAUCACCAGAACUCUAUUCAUAGGGUCCCCCACUCAAAACCACCAUUCAUGCUUAGUGAAAUCAAGAAAGCCAUCCCGCCCCCCUGCUUCCAACGCUCUCUCCUCCGUUCGUUCUCCUAUGUCGUUCACGACCUCUCCCUCGCCUUCCUGUUCUACUACGUUACCACCACUUACAUCCACCUACUCCCCCAACACUUCCGCUAUCUCGCAUGGCCCCUCUACUGGACUCUCCAAGGUUGUGUCCUCACAGGUGUUUGGGUCGUUGCUCACGAAUGCGGUCACCAUGCGUUCAGUGAUUACCAAUGGGUUGAUGACACCGUGGGCCUAACCCUUCACUCUACCCUUCUAGUCCCUUACUUCUCUUGGAAAUACAGUCACCGCCGCCGCCACUCCAACACUGGGUCCCUUGAGCGUGACGAGGUUUUCAUUCCGAAACCCAAUUCCAAAAUCCCAUGGUACUCAAGAUACCUAAACAAUCCUGUUGGUCGCGUUCUUACCCUUACAGUCACUCUCACUCUCGGCUGGCCCUUGUACUUGGCCUUCAACGUAUCGGGCCGACCCUAUGACCGGUUUGCGUGUCACUACGACCCGUACGGCCCGAUCUACAAUGACCGCGAAAGGCUUCAGAUUUUCAUUUCAGACAUCGGACUCUUCACCACCACUUACGUUCUUUACCACAUUGCUCUCCUAAAAGGGCUGGCAUGGGUUAUAUGUGUUUACGGAGUACCUUUACUCAUUGUGAAUGGUUUCCUCGUAUUGAUCACGUUUUUGCAGCACACUCACCCAGCCUUACCUCAUUACGACUUGUCUGAAUGGGAUUGGCUGAGGGGAGCUUUGGCGACCGUGGAUAGGGAUUGCGGAAUUCUAAACAAGGUCUUUCACAACAUCACGGACACAUGCGUUGCUCACCAUCUCUUCUCCACCAUGCCACAUUACCAUGCGAUGGAGGCCACGAAAGUGAUCAAGCCGAUUCUUGGGGAUUACUACCAAUUUUAUGGAACUCCGUUUUACAAGGCGAUGUGGAGGGAGGCUAAAGAGUGUUUGUAUGUCGAGCCGGACGAGGAUGCCCCCACCAAAGGUGUGUUCUGGUACAAGAACAAGUACUGAUUUUGAUGAUGAUGCUAUGAGAGUGGAGUUCUAGUUUUCGCUCAGGUGUGGUGUUAAACUGUGUUAGGGGGAGGAAAUGUCUUGGUUUGGAAGUUGGGAUUUCUGGGCUUAUAUGUUCUUCUCCCAGUGAACUGUUAUUCCUCUUGGUUUUCGUGUAUUCACUGUUGUAAUGAACCUCUAGUACUUAAAUUAUGUGUGUGUUUUUGAAAA